AUGAAUGGCCUGCUAGAGUUGCCAGUGGAACUCCUCCAGCUUGUGGUGAAAAGCUGCUCGACACCCAGCUAUCUUCAAGUCAUCCGCACAUGUCGAACACUCUAUGUAAUCGGUACUACAUGCCGCGAAGUGGUUCGCCACCAGCUUUUGCAGAUGCCAGGCCUUCAAGUUACAGAGUCGGGUGCUCCAUUGGAUGAUUCGCUGUCCACGCCUGUUCUGUAUAGAGAACUUCGAAAGAGGGCUGCUGCCCACCUGUACGGAGCACAUUUCCACUCCGAUGCCACACUAUACACUAUUGACGAGGGAGUAAUUGAUACCAAGUCGUCUUCUCUCUUCUCAGACUCUUACCAGAUGCCUCGUAGCCACGCUCAACCGACAAUGGCGCUGGUUCCCAGGGGUCAAGCUUCGGUCUACCUCUAUCAUGUGGGGAACCUGGGCCCUGGAAAUGAUGCAGCUGCAGGAUCAAUGUCGUUUUUGGAUAAACUUGAACCCUUAAGUGAUUUUCCAGGGGAAAUUGAGAUUCUACGUGUCAUCGGUAGCCGCUCAUAUCCCGAUAUAAUAUCCGUUCUACAGCGUUACGAACCACCCGUGCAGUCUACCAGCUUGCCCUCUCUACAUCCGUUUGUGGGGGACGCAAUGAUGCCGUAUUAUUCUGCUCGUAUCCGGCUCAUUCAUUACUUCUAUGCUUCCUCGGAGAAACGCUGGAAACCGGAGGUGUUUACUGUUUUUCCGGGCGAGUUGGAAGACAACUUCCUUCCGCUCUCGGUCGACGUCGUAGAUCAGGAAUUUGUUGUUGUGUCAUGGCAGCAUAAGGAAUCACCGCAGGUUUCCAAAGUGUGUUUACACAAAUAUAACCAGGCAGAUGUCGUUGUUAGGAAAGACAACUGCUCUUAUGUGGAGUAUACCUCGACUGAGCUAGUUGACGGACAAGAAACCACACGACGGCGGCAUUUCCCAGCGGCGGACAUACCUCCACCAGACCCCAUUGUGCAAGUCCGCUUUAACGAUCAUUAUCAGCAAGUUCUUUAUUGGCAUUCGUCCUCUAUCAUAUACGAUCAGUUUCAACGCAUCGUUAAUUCUUCCCAUAACCCUAACCUUCACCGCUCCCGGAUCCUAGACAAUAUCUGUUACGCUCAGCUACCGGAACAUGAUCGAACAUCGCCGCCUGUACUUUCACGGUUCCAGGUCGGGAUUCCAUUUUACGGGCAUCAUUCGUCUGACAUUGGGAACGGGGUUUGCAACUGGUAUUAUGCAUCAGUAGGCUUGACCCGCCUGCCUCCAAAUGGUCGGGUUGGUGCAUAUAUUCUGCGGUCCAUGGCACGGUGCAGGUUCGAUAGAUGUGGCCACAUCAUUAACCUGGAUCGCGGCAGACGUAUUGAGGGCUGGACUGUCGUCGCUAAGCUGUGGGGGUUUAAGACCAACGAGUCAAACUUGACCGGGCUAGUCACUACGUCGCCUGGGGGUACUCGGCUUGCAAUCGCAAACUGGAAAUCCUUGUACAUCUGGCCAUUGAAUCCGCAGGAGGUACUCAUGCGGAACAAGAACGGAUACUAUCCUCCUUCUAUGUACUAUCCUGGUGAUCCUGGCGCCUAUUCAAAGGUAAACAACCAUCCGAUGUCCAGCGCAGGAGCUGAGUAUGAAAGAACCGAGGAUGGGUGGAGAGACGUUGUUGAAUUGAAGCCUCUCAUACUAAGCUUAGAUGCUGUUUGUUUUGGGCUGAAGUUUACCGGCGGUGAGAAUGAGCUUACCUUGUUGACCGACAAGGGUUUGAUGGUCUGGCAGCUCAACUCAGAUGGAUCCGCGCGGAGGCUGGACGGUGUGAUAAAGCUGGAGGAGGAUGCUGCCGCCGCCGAGCUGAGAAGGCCACUCAUCCAACCGAAUGGAAGUGGAGAUACUGAUGAAGAGGAUGAUGAAGAGGAUGAUGAAGAGGAUGAUGAAGAGGAUGAUGAAGAGGAUGAUGAAGAUGAAGAUGAAGAUGAAGAUGAAGAUGAUGACGAAGACGAAGACGAGGAAGAUGAAGAUGACGGGGAAGGUAUGGAUUUGGAUGAGUGA